UGCGCAGGCGCCAAGGCCGCUCCUGCUCCCGGGCUGCCGUCAACGGUUUCUCUCCGGCAUGAGCCAAAGCGCCGCCGCCGUCCUGGCCCCGCCGGGCCCGGCUUCCCGCGCCCUGCAUGUGGAGCUCCCUUCCCAGCAGGCAGCACUGGCCUUGUAUCCAAUGAGAAUAAACAAAUGAACUCCAGUAAUGAUUCUUCUCCUGGAUUUACUCCAUUUCUGUUGCUGUCAUAAGAUGUACCAGUGGUCAUGUGUUCGCGGCGUCUUCGUCACCUGCGGAACAUUGCAGCACGGAACAUUGUUAAUAGGAAUGGUUUUUGCCUCUUGGAUACCUACUUCACCCUUCAUUUGUGCGAUAAUGCAAAAAUAUGUAAAGAAUUCUAUAAAAGUGAAGUGAUCAAGAAUUCUCUGAACCCAACAUGGAGAAGUCUUGAUUUUGGUCUAAUACCUGAUCGUCUUGAUACAUCUGUGUCCUGUUUUGUGGUGAGGAUAUGGGGUGGCAAGAAUGAUACCUAUCAACUACUGAUUGAAUGGAAGGUCAAUCUAGAUGGACUGAAAUAUGUGGGCCAGCAGAUCCGUGCUCAUAGCCCUAAUGAAAUCAUUUUUGGGCUGAAUGAUGGUUAUUAUGGAGCCUCGUAUGAACAGAAGGGCCACUCAGGAACACAGAAGAAUAAUCUUCUUCAAGUGGAUCAGAAUUGUGUUCGUAACUCCUAUGAUGUCUUUUCUCUGCUUAGGCUCCACCGGGCCCAAUGUGCAAUCAAACAGACUCAGGUAACCGUUCAGAAAAUAGGAAGAGAAAUAGAAGAGAAACUGAGGCUUACGUCUACAAGCAAUGAGCUGAAAAAGGAGAGUGAGUGUUUACAGUUGAAGAUUUUGGUGCUUCGAAAUGAGCUGGAGAGACAGAAAAAAGCCCUGGGCCGAGAAGUGGCCUUAUUACAUAAGGAACAAAGUACACUAUUUGACAGAGGAAAUGCGUUUGAGGAGGAAUAUCGGCAGCUCAUACUGGACAAAGAACCCCUUCAGGAGUUGAGGAAAGAAUGCACUGCUAAGAGAGAGCAGUUCUUGAAGACGAAUGCACAACUGACCAUCAGAUGCAGGCAAUUACUUUCAGAGCUUUCCUAUAUUUACCCUAUUGAUACAAAUGAUCAAAAGGAUUAUUUUAUUUGUGGAGUCAAGUUGCCCAAUUCUGAAGACUUUCAAGCAAAAGAUGAUGGCAGCAUCGCAGUUGCUCUGGGUUACACUGCUCACUUGGUCUCCAUGAUUUCUUUCUUCUUGCAAGUGCCACUCAGGUAUCCCAUAAUUCACAAGGGCUCCAGGUCUGCAAUCAAAGAUAACAUUAAUGACAAACUGACAGAGAAAGAAAGAGAGUUUCCAUUAUAUCCAAAAGGAGGAGAGAAACUACAGUUUGAUUAUGGUGUCUACCUUCUCAACAAAAACAUUGCACAGCUUAGAUACCAACACGGGCUGGGAACACCGGAUUUAAGGCAAACGCUCCCCAAUCUGAAAAACUUCCUUGAACAUGGCCUCAUGGUCAGAUGUGAUCGACAUCACAUUUCCAGUGCCAUUCCAGUUCCAAAGAGACAAAGUUCUACCUUUGGGGGCCUGGAUGUGGGUUUCUCCAGCAGCCAUCCUUCUCCAGACAAAAGCCUCCGGAAACGGGCCAACUCGGACAACGAGAGACUGCAGUACAAGACUCCCCCUCCGAGUUACAACUCUGCUUUGACCCAGCCCAUUGCCAUCGUAGGAGACUCUGAGAAGAAGGUUGGAUCUUUAUCCUCCUCACUAGAUACCUCCCUUGACUUCUCAAAGGAAAGCAAAAAGGAGGAUUUGUGUAACAGUUUAAAUGGGGGAAAUGGGAGCCCGAAGCUUUCCCGAGAUCAGCAGGAAUCCCUCCUGGCCUCCUCUCGUGCAAUAAAUGGUGCCGCCUUGCCCGGCGAGCGUCCUCACAGCGCAACCCUUGAGCAGUCGUGCACCUUCCGCGGCCCCCUCGGGGAUGACCUGCUUUGUACAGUUGAGCAAGCAGAAGAGAUCAUGGGCAUGGAAGCCACCGGGUUUGGCACUGGAGACCAGCUGGAAGCCUUUAACUACAUCCCGGUGGACCACGCCGUGGCGGUGGAGUGCGACGACCAAGUCCUGGGGGAAUUCGAGGAGUUCUCCCGGAGGAUCUGUGCACUGAACAAGGAUGCUCCCACUUUCCGCAGGCCCCGGAAGGGUUCUGACAAAUGAGCUUUGGACACUGUGGUGGGAGUAGGGGUGGCACGUCGCAAAGGUGAAACUAUGUAUCUGGAACGAAGAUUAAAACUUGCACUUGUAAAUCCUGGAAUUAUUGAGGAAGGGUCGGGGAGGAACGCUUGCUAUGGAUUUGGGAAGUUGACUUUGAUUAAACACAAUCAUGAUCUAUCCACACUGCAGGUAAACAAUUACUGCUUCCUACCCUGGUUUUAUUUUCCAAGUCCUUUGGCAGUUGCAUUGGGCCAUUUUGUGUAUUGUCUGCUUCGGUUUUAUUGUUUAAAUUUCUUUCAAACUUCCAGAAGGGUGGGGGGAAGUUAUCUUAAGUCCAACGUUUACCCUAAGGCAAGCAAGUGUGUGUGUAUCUUUGCAUGCAGGAAUGUCCCAUGCACAUUAUCUUACCCUUCUCAGUCAUUUGCUGCAUUCAGCCAGGUCUUGCAACUCUUCCUGGUUCAGGAGCAUGCGCAAGCAUUUUUCUUCGUUUAGGAAACAGGUGGUAGACUUAGCAAGGAGACCCGUUGCUCUGAGAGCCCAGGCAAAAUCCUGUAUCUCCAUACAGUUCUAGUUUCUUCGUUCCAGCACCCCUCUUGUGUCCAGCAGUCACAUCAAGGAAGUGAAUGGGGCAUCCAGGAAAGAAUUCUUGCCUAAAUCCCCCAUGCAUUUUAAGGGGUUGCGUAGAGAAAUGUCCCCAGUGAACUCAUCCCAUUGCAUCCAGGUCAAAAAUUUAUGCCACGGCAGGGAGGGUUACAGUGUGAAAAGGAUCAGGACAGUCUUACCAUUGUGUAACUGACUCAUCUCCAGUUUAGGAAAAAAUAUUAUUUGUCUUGACUGUUCAGACAUGCUAUCGUUUUCUCCCUUUUGGGGGAUGGUCUAAGAAUACGAGUGGUGUGCCUCAUGGGAACACAACAAAAUAGCCCCAAGGCUAUGAUUACUCUUACUACUAUUUUAUGCCGUACAAGUUGGGAUGGUUUACGGAGACGCAAACCUUGUACCUGGUGAAAUAAGCAAGAUUGUCAGCCAUACUCAAUAUGAUACCUUUUUGGGCUAUUUUUUAAAAUCAGCCAAACCAUUCACGCAAUUGUCUUCAGUGAUCCAUGGGGCAAGUUUGACUCUAGAUGAGGUAGUUUACCACUGGCGCACGAGUUUCCAACUGCACUAACGUAACGAGUGGAUUUUUUGGUCUGCUUGAGAUUGCUGACAAUAUGCAUUUUGGAGUUCGGAUGCGUCUGGCUCUUGCUUUCUACUUUGUAUACCGAAAGUCUGGGCUCAAUGGUGAGCUCAUAAAUACAAAUAUAUAUAUAUAUAUAUAUACAAAAUAUAUAAAUAUGUAUUACAGAAUAAAAAUUUAAUUUAC